CGCGCGUUUCAGCAGGCUCUCCAAAUGAAGCUUAGGAGACCUAUUUCGCGCCUCUUCACCAGCUCCUCAACGACCCGAAAAUGCCAACAAAUUAUCAAGAGUGGAUUCUCUAUAAAGUCAAUUAAAGAGCAACAUGCCCAUCUUAUUAGAACCCAUCAUCACAAAAACCCUAAGUCAAUGUCAAACGUUAUUAAAUCCUACGCUUUAUCUCGCUCUCAUCUUAAUAAAGCCAAUUUUGCUUUCAUUCAGAUUGGGCAACCUACACUAUUAAUCUUUAACUACUUGAUUCGUGGUUUGUCUCAAAGUGAAAACCCAAACGAAGCUAUUGUUAUGUACAGUGAUCUCAUGUAUAAUCAGGGAAUACUUGGUGAUAAUUUAACAUUUAUCUACUUGUUCAAGGCUUGUUCUCGUGUAAAGGAUGUUUUACACGGUCAGGUGUUUCAUGUUCAAGUUUUGAAACUUGGUUUUGGAUCUUAUCUAUUUAUAGAAAAUUCUUUAAUUAGAAUGUAUGGGUAUUUUGGCGAAUUGGGAUAUGCACAGAAAGUAUUUGAUAAAAUGGAUGACAGGGACUUGGUUUCUUGGAAUUCUUUGAUUUGUGGUUAUAGUCAAUGUAACAGGUUUAAGGAGGUUUUGGAUUUGUUUAACUUAAUGCGGGAAGCAAAUGUGACGGCUGAUUCGGUUACUAUGGUUAAAGUUAUAUUAGCUUGCAGUUAUUUGUGCGAGGAUGGUGUUGUGGAUUCAAUGGUUAAGUACAUUGAGGAUAAACAUGUGGAUAUUGAUGUUUAUCUGGGCAACUCAUUGAUAGAUAUGUAUGGACGGCGUGGAUUGGUAGAUUUAGCACGGAGAGUUUUUGAUAGGAUGCAAGAAAAAAACAUCGUCUCUUGGAAUGCAAUGUUAACUGGGUAUGCAACAGCAGGGGAUCUAGUUGCAGCUAAGAAACUUUUUAAUGAGAUGCCUAUUAGGAAUGUUAUUUCUUGGACUUGUAUGAUAUCAGGCUGUGCUCAAGCUAAUCAAUGUUCUGAUGCUCUGAAGCUUUUCCAAGAAAUGAUGGAUGCUAAUGUCAAACCAGAUGAGAUUACAGUAUCUAGUGUGCUUUCUGCUUGUUCUCACUUGGGUUUGCUUGAUACUGGACAGACUGUUCAUGAAUAUAUGUGUAGGCAUGAUAUAAAAUCAGAUGUUUACGUUGGGAAUGCUUUAAUAGAUAUGUACUGCAAAUGUGGUGUCGUUGACAAAGCAUUGGAGGUGUUUCAUGAUAUGAAAAAGAAGGAUAGUGUCUCUUGGACAUCAAUGAUCUUGGGUCUUGCUGUUAAUGGUUUUGUCGAUAAUGUAUUUGAGUUAUUCUCACAGAUGUUGAGAGAUGGCCUACAGCCAACUCAUGGAAGCUUCAUUGGGAUAUUACUAGCUUGCACUCAUGCUGGAUUGGUGGAUAAAGGAUUGGAAUAUUUUGAAAGUAUGGAACAUGUUUAUGGACUAAGGCCAGAAAUGAAACAUUAUGGGUGUGUCGUGGAUCUUUUGAGCCGCUCUGGUGAGUUAGACAGGGCUUAUGAGUUCAUAAAACAAAUGCCAGUAGUUCCAGAUGUUGUACUAUGGAGGAUAUUGUUAAGCGCAUGUAAACUUCACAGAAAUCUGGUCCUAGCUGAGAUUGCUACAAGCAAACUUCUUGAAUUAGAUCCCUCUAACAGCGGGAACUAUGUUCUCUUGUCAAAUACAUAUGCUGGUUCUGAUAGAUGGGAUGAUGCUUCAAGAAUGAGAGAUUUAAUGGUGGUAGGAGAUGUGCAAAAGCCUUCCAGUUGGAGUUCCAUUGAGGUAAUUGGUGCUACAAACAAAUAAUACUCGGGUCCAUUCCUUGUAGAAUCUCAAAAAGAGGAUCAAGUGACUGCUUUAGCAUAAACAUCUUUUAGUGCAUGCACGCAAUGAUGGUAAAUUUAGACUAGCACUGAGCUGCGGCAUGAGUAAACUGAUAAGACUGCUACCUUCAUAUUGCCUGUUAUGGCCUCUUUAUUUCAUUAUAAUGAGGUUCUUAAACUCAAAAAGGUUCUUAAACACACAAAAGAGAGAAAUUUACAAGGUGAUGCA